CAAACCGAAGCGGAAAACAAACGAGACCCAGCCUCCUCCUCCACCCCGCGCCCCUCCCCAAUUAAUUCCCGCCCCUCGCUAAUCAAUUACCGCCCAGCCACUAAUUGCAGCCCUCGAUUACCCGCAGACGAGCGUUUCCUCGCCUUCUUCUUCCACCACCUCCAGCCCAAUCGCAGCGGGCGCUACGAGGAUUCCUUCCCCUUCCUUUCGCCCUGCGGACCCGAGCACAACUUUGUGCGCUGCCAGGACCUUCCCGUCGUCUUCACUCGGGUCCUGGAAGGUGAAAAAGCCUCCGGCUCGCUGCUGUCUUAUUGCGGAGGCGGAGCUCGUUUGGCGAUCCCGUUUCAACCUCAGUUUUUAACUUUCGAUCCCGAAAACGGGAGGUUGUAUCAUCCGGGACCCGACGGGGGAGGAGGGGUGGGGUUGGUGAGGUCGGCUUUGGUGGAGGAAUGGGGGGAUGGGUUUGAAUACGGGCCGGGGGUGGUCCCGACCCAUUUUGUCUGGGGUGGGAAGCGUUACGCCUUGGAUCAUCCGUUGCUGGAGAGGCUGCGGGGAUUGAGGGGGGGGGGGAAGGGGUACAGUGGGUGGGGAGGGGGUGAGAGAGUCCGCGUCGUCCCCAGAGCCC